CGCAUUUAAAAAAUGGCGGACCAUCAGGUUCUUGUGGCCCUAACACGGAUAAUACUAUGUCUAUCCUGUUUAAUUUAUUUUGGCGUUGGUCAACCAAAUGAAGCGUCCAACCGCUUAUCAGCAGAUAUCAAGAAAAACUACAACAGAAUGAUUCGAGGAGUGGAAGAUAUGAGAGAGCUAACCACUCUGUAUUUUUCGUUUAAUCUGAUUCGCAUAACAGAAUUCGACGAAGUGAACGGAAAAUUAUCACUGGUGGGAUUUUUUGUUGUAAAUUGGAUUGAUUACAGGAUGAAAUGGGAACCAGAAAAAUAUAAUUACACUUAUAAUAUUCUUUUUGAGGAAAGGGAAGUAUGGAGACCCUUGGUUGCUUUAGUUUCAUCCCAUGAUAAGUUCAAAAGACUUGGAGACAAUGACAAUUUCUUUAUCAGAUAUUACCCCGAGGGUCGCGCAGAAUGGUAUCCUGGAGAUGUUUGGGCAUCAUCAUGCACACCAGAUAUGUACAAAUACCCCUACGAUACACAGUCUUGCUUGAUAUACUUCGUCAUUUGGGGCUAUAGCACACAUGAAGUCACGGCUAUUGCUUUAUCUGACAAAAUCAGUUUGCACGUGUACUCUCCUCAUGGUAUGUGGGAUUUGAUAGACACAUCAGUGAGGUCCGGCGUCGACAGUGAGCGGGGACUGACGUUAAUAGAGAUUACUUUAUUCUUGAAGAGGAUUUCCACCUUUCACAUGAUUAACAUGAUUCUUCCUAUUGUGUUUGUUGGAUUGCUCAAUAUCCUUGUCUUCCUUCUUCCUGCUCAGUCCGGAGAAAGAGUUGGUUACUCCAUCACAGUGUUACUUGCAAUUGCAGUUUUUCAAACAAUCGCGUCUGACAAUCUUCCAAGCGUUUCUAAGCCUAAUCUGUCUUUGCUUUGCAUCAAACUGUUAGCAGACCUAAUUCUGAGUGCUUUGGUGAUGACGUUGACAAUAAUAACGUUAUAUUUUUAUCACAUGCCAGAAUCUCGCAGAGUUCCCCCGUAUAUUGCAGCUAUAACGAGAUUUGUGUUGUGCAGAACAUGCAGAAACAAGGCUAAUGACACUACCAAAGACAAGUACGAUGAAUACAUAAUCGGAAAAGGGAUCGGCGUAACAGAAUCGGUGUCAGAUAGUGGUCAUCAUCAGACCGAGGUCACAUGGACAGAUGUUGGUCAAAGCAGUGAUAUUGUCUUUGCCGUGUUUUCUUUAUUGACCUUUAUAAGUUCAAAUAUCGUAUUCUUGGUGUAUGUAAUAUUUUAG